GAUCUAGGUAAAGAGUAUAGUUAUGCUUGCAGAAGGACCAGACUAUUAGUUUUAUGGGUUUAGUCCUUCGUUUAGUUUCGUCUUUUUUGGACAAUGUAGUGAGUGUUUGAUGCGUAAAAUACACAAUGGUGUUAUAAAUGCGGAGUGAAGUGGAAUAAAGCGAAGACUGGUGGUGAAAAAUUGAUAGGGAGAAAAGAUCACCAUAAACCAGUCGUUUCUGAUUGAUUGUAGGGUUUAGCUGUUGUGGACGGAACCGAGAAUCGGGAAGGUGAGGCUCGCCAGAGAUGAUGCGGAAGCUGGCGGUGGCGCAAAGCCGCAACGAAGGACACAGGCCGAGCAUCGGGAAGCGCAGGAGGAUGCUUAUUCGCUACAAGGGUAGAUCCAUGUGGACAGGAGGUGUUCCCUAAUCUCAGAGCUCCUCCCCUUCCCUUUCCCAUUCCCCUCCUUGCAUCCUGCCAUUGGUGGUUCUUUUCGCCUGUAACCAUUUGGUCAUCAUGACGUCCACUCGGCAGACGAUGGCCUUCAAACUGGCUCCGCCCCCACGAGAAGUUGGUCCAGAGCCACUUGAUCCUUGUGAUUUGGGAACGGAACGCCGUUAUGAGGUGGUACCAACCGUGGUCUGCUCCAUGUGUUGCCUGUUUGGCAUUAUCUACUGCUUUUUUGGUUACCGCUGUUUCAAGGCCGUGCUUUUCCUGACAGGCCUGAUGUUCGGCUCGGUGGUGGUCUUCCUGCUGUGCUACAAGGAACGAGUGCUGGACACACAGCUUAGCGCCGAGGCGAGCGCAGGAAUCGGGCUAGGCAUCGGCACACUAUGCGGUCUGGUCACUAUGCUGGUGCGCAGUGUUGGUCUCUUCAUGGUAGGCCUGCUCCUGGGUCUGCUGGCAGGCAUUGGCACUCUGGUGGGCAUGGAGGAGUUGUCAUCCGCACCGCCGCGAUCAGUGUGGGUGCCGCUCGGGGUGUUGCUGGGCCUGGGAAUGCUGUUCGCUGUUCUCACACUGCAGUGGCAGCGCUUCUUCACCACUCUGUCUACCGCGGCUUUCGGAGCAGCCGUUAUCGCCGUGGCAGCCGAUUACUUUGUAGAGCUGUUCGCGUUGGUGCACUACAUCUAUGAGAGGGUGAAGGCUGUGCCGGCACGCUCGGAGUGUUGGGUGACAUGGGCUGUGCUCGGAGCCUGGCCUGCCCUCGCCCUGUUGGGAGCACUCGUCCAGUGGCGUGUGACGGCUGAAGGGUAUUCCCACACUAAAGUGAUGAUUAGCCGUCAGCAGCGGCGAGUGCAGCUCAUGCGGAUCAGACAGAAGGAGGAGAGGAGGGAGUGCAGCAGGAAGAAAAGGAGGAAGCAGCAGUCUCAGCUCCACACGCACUUGGGCAAAGCCUUGCACCCAGAACCGCCAUACCGUAGGAAACCCCAGCCCGUCCGCCGAUAUGAUGGAGAUGUCCUCUCGCCGAGCUACAUCCAGAGUUUCCGAGAGCGACAAGGGGAAGGGUGUGUGUAUCCAGGUUCUCGGCUCUCCGGGACACACACAGCUGUGGACAUAGACUACGAGUGCGGCUCAACUGUCCCCCUCACCUCUGGGGCUGGACCUAACCUUCGAGUGUGACGACACACCCUCGCACACAGUUACACAAUCUGAAACAGUCAUCACACAUACCUGGUGCUGUCCCUGACCCAUCUGUGUGUGGACAGCUGUAACAACUGUAUAGAUAAUGAGCAAUGAGGGGGUGGGGGUGGAGUACAAGUUUGAGCAUGUUGUUUAAGAAGUGUAAGAUUUGCACGCACCUACAGUACACACACACACUCCCGUUCACUGCUGGACAUGUGCCUGAGCCGUGGCACAUCAAAUCACUCGUAGGAAAAUGAGGUAAACAUCUUUGAAAGAAUAAAACCCAGGCCCAGCUCCAUCACAUUGUAUUGAAUUUUAUAUAAUGUCAGUGUGAUGUCAGGCAGUGCAGUGAAAAGAAGAAAAAAACAUUUCCUGUCUGUCAUCUGGCAUUAUUGCAAUGAGGGAAAUUCUCUCUUGGUGCUGAAUCUUGGAACAUACAGAUCCUUCUUCUACGUUGUAAAUCUGUGGAGUCUACCGUUUACAUCUGCAUCGUCGUUCACGUUGUUUUGUCAUGAACUCAACCAAAUAGCUGUGCAGAAACGGGGUUUGCCUUGAGGCUCCAGUGCGAGGCUGUCUCAGGAGAAUCUGCUCCUAGGCCUCGUUUUAACAAGGCUGCAGAGGAAAGAGCCAUAUUACAGCAUCUGGUGCAGUCUGAAAGCAAUUUCUGAUUGUGACGGGAAAAAAGAGACAGAGGUGAUACUCAGGGACUGCUGAAACACUGCGAACUGUUGAACUCUGUGGAACUAUUGGCACUAACGCAGGACGGUGGAGUUGAGAGAGAUUUUUUUGUGUUUUUUUUCUUUGGUAAGUGUUUUUUGGACUUCCACUCAUCUGGCAUCAGAGAAUCCCUGCGUGAAAUCCUGUCACUCAUCGCUGUGCUUUUUGCUGUGCUGUUGUAAAGUAAAGUGCUGAUGCUGUUGCCAUCUACUAACAUCUGUGGUGUCCUUAAGAACACAAUCGGCUUUUUUUUAUUUCUGAUGAUCUGUGUUUGAUAAGACCAUGCUCAGGCAUCUGUUGAUCUUUUAUUUUAUUGUAUUUUUUUUUUUUUUGUAUGUUCAGAUCAAUGCACCUCUGUUUUUGUACAUAGAAUGCACUAGAAUGCACAUUUACCCUUUUAAUUGCCUUUGCUAUUUAUUUAACUUUUUAUUUGUGAAGUCUGCUAUUUAAUUUAUUAUUAUUUUUUUUAAUUAGGCACUUACAUUCGAUGAGCACACAGAUGUGUUUAUUUAUUUGCUGGCUUAUUUAUUUGCGUUCAAGAUAUGCAGAAUAUCCAACUCUGAAAAAGCGAAGAACCGAGCAAACAUUUCUCAUCAGGACGUGCACCUUACAAUCUAAUCUUAUUCUCCUUCUUAUUAUAAAGCAUGCAUUUGUAUGGACCUGGAUAUUAUGAUAAAGUAUGUGAUUCCACCA